GGAGAUCCCGGGGCGGGUGGGGUGGGGGCGGCCCGAAGGGAAAGUUGUUGUGCGGGGCCUGUUUCCGCCGGGCCGUUUGUGAAAUGGUGGCGCUUCUUGGCGAGCGGGGCGGUGAUUCGCUGCCUUUGGCGAGGUGUUGUUUUCUGCUUUGGUCUGCGUCCUUUUAAAGCGUGGCUCUGAGCCUUAAGGAGCCGAGAGGUUCUCCGUGCCGCAGAUAUUUGAGAAUUUGCUGCUGCUCGGAUCAGGGUGCGAUCCGUGCCUGCCGUUACUUUCCUGGUUCACGUGGUUUUUACCAAGUUAAUGGGAAGGAGAAUGCUCUUUCUAAAGAGAAUCUGAAACUGGUUUUAGUCAGGAAGGUAAGCAGGAAAAGCACCCGAUUUUAAACUUUCACUGCCAAAUUAUAAUUGAUGCACUUGGAAACAGCCGGGCAGUGUGAGAGGAAUCUGAGUUUCUUUUCCAAUCUCUUGAAACGCUCUGUAAUACACCUUUUAUUUUCCGUAGAAAUGCUUUGGGGGGUGGGGGGAGGGGCAAGCAGUUUUUCCUUUACAUUUUCUUUCUGUGAGGACAAAUUGCCCAGACCAGCAGCACCACUUUCUGUUCCUCUGGAAGGUUUUGAACCAGAAGUGAGUUGGCUCCUUCAACGUGGUGUAAGGAGCUAUCAGUCUCUGGGCCAUACUUGCUUUCUGUCUGUAAGCUGCAGGCUUUGUGUUGUCUCUGUGGCUUUAGCAAAUGCAGUGUCAGAGUUGAGUCGUGUACCAGACCAUGGAGCAGCUCAGGUUGGAGGAGCCCUUUGAAGACAAUCUGCUUCCAGCUCCUGAGUGCAGUUUGUGCUGGCAGCUGGAAGAGAACGUCAUGCAGAACGUGUGAGCAUGGAGUUAGAUACAUGCUAUAAAUGUAUUUUACCGACUGCUGCUUUUAGGCAUGGUUGCUUAGAUUCAGUGAGAAGUUACUGUGUCUGUUCAGCUUGAUGAUACCAUGGGCUUCUCUGUUUUGAAUGGAGUUAAAUCAGUACCCAGUUUAAAAGUUUGUGAAUAAGCUGUCAGAACUUGAGAACUGGAGGAAGUUGGUUGAGGGUUUUCUUUCUUUUUUAGUUUUAAAGAUCAUUUCGAUUUCACUUCUUAUGUGAAAAGGGCAUUUGGAGUCAAAUGUUUUUUUUAGGCCUGACGUUAAUUUCCAUUUGAUGCUGUCAUUUUGCUUUCUGUCAAAGCCUUGUGCCUAACAUUGUUGCUUAGAAUGGUGGUUUUUCUGUGUCCCAGCAGUACAGGAACUUGAAGAACAGGCGAAGCACUUGAGAUAAUUUGUGCCUAGGUAGUAUUUUUCAAGCAGUCCCUGCAAGGCUACUGAAAGCACAGCUGUUUACAGAAUCAUCUCUGGUGACCUCAGCUCAGCUUCACAGCGGGGAGAAAAGGUUUGAUAUGUGUCUCAUUGUGCUGAGGAAACAGAAAAGCAAGAACUGUGUUGUGCUGCCUGCAAAGAGAUUGAAGCAAGUGAAUUCUGAUAUAACUCAGCUUUGUUAGAGGGCUUUUUUUUUUAAAGAAAAAAAAGUUGAUCCACAGUGCAUCAGAGCAAGUUACUACUUUACUUUUGAGUGACUUACAGGUGCUUGCCUGCAUUGCAAUAAAGGACUCAUAUAUUGAGCAAGACUUAUUUAUCUCUUCAUUUUGGAGAGUCUAAUAAACUGUUAUUACAGUUUCUGUACUGACUUUCAAAGUUUUGAAGUCUAAAAAGACAUCUUUAAACAUAGAAACAUGAGCACGGCCAGAACAGAGAACCCUGUUAUAAUGGGUCUAUCCAGUCAGAACGGGCAGUUGAGAGGCCCUGUGAAACCCAGCGGGGGCCCAGGAGGUGGAGGCACACAGACUCAGCAACAGAUGAACCAGCUGAAAAAUGCCAACACAAUUAACAAUGGCACCCAACAGCAAGCACAGAGUAUGACCACCACUAUUAAACCUGGCGAUGACUGGAAGAAGACUUUAAAACUCCCUCCAAAGGAUUUGAGAAUCAAAACUUCUGACGUGACCUCCACAAAAGGAAAUGAGUUUGAAGAUUACUGUUUGAAACGGGAGUUGCUGAUGGGAAUUUUUGAAAUGGGCUGGGAAAAGCCAUCUCCUAUUCAGGAGGAGAGCAUCCCCAUUGCUUUAUCUGGUAGGGAUAUCUUGGCUAGAGCGAAAAAUGGAACAGGCAAGAGUGGAGCCUACCUCAUUCCCUUACUUGAACGGCUAGACUUAAAGAAGGACAACAUACAAGCAAUGGUGAUUGUUCCCACCCGUGAACUAGCCCUGCAGGUCAGUCAAAUCUGUAUCCAAGUCAGCAAACAUAUGGGAGGUGCCAAAGUGAUGGCAACAACAGGAGGAACCAAUUUGCGAGAUGACAUAAUGAGGCUUGAUGAUACAGUGCAUGUGGUGAUAGCUACCCCUGGAAGAAUUCUCGAUCUCAUCAAGAAAGGAGUAGCAAAAGUUGAGCAUGUCCAGAUGAUAGUAUUGGAUGAGGCAGAUAAGUUGCUGUCUCAAGAUUUUGUUCAAAUAAUGGAAGACAUUAUUCUCACGCUACCUAAAAACAGACAGAUUUUGCUCUACUCAGCCACUUUCCCUCUGAGUGUACAGAAGUUCAUGAAUUCCCAUUUGCAGAAACCCUAUGAGAUUAAUCUGAUGGAGGAGCUGACCUUGAAGGGAGUUACCCAGUACUAUGCCUAUGUAACCGAGCGUCAGAAGGUUCACUGCCUCAAUACGCUGUUUUCCAGGCUCCAGAUCAACCAGUCGAUCAUUUUCUGCAACUCCUCUCAGCGGGUUGAAUUGCUAGCCAAAAAGAUCUCCCAGUUGGGCUAUUCCUGCUUCUAUAUCCAUGCUAAAAUGAGGCAGGAGCAUCGCAACCGCGUGUUCCACGAUUUCCGAAAUGGCUUAUGCCGCAAUCUUGUUUGCACUGAUCUGUUUACCCGAGGUAUUGAUAUCCAAGCUGUGAAUGUGGUGAUAAACUUUGAUUUUCCAAAGCUGGCAGAGACUUAUCUCCAUCGUAUUGGCAGAUCAGGUCGCUUUGGACAUCUCGGCCUGGCCAUCAACUUGAUCACCUAUGAUGAUCGAUUCAACCUGAAAAGUAUUGAGGAGCAGUUGGGAACUGAAAUAAAACCCAUACCAAGCAACAUUGACAAGAGCCUUUACGUGGCAGAAUACCACAGUGAACCUGUAGAAGAUGAGAAACAGUAACCAUGCUUUGACUACAUAUGCCAGAAGGUGAAGCCCUUUGAUCCACAUCUGUGACACAUCAUUUCUCUGGGGAUACCCUUCUCUUUGUGGGUUUUUCUUCGUCUUUUCAUUUUGGAACUAUGAAGACUAAAGAGCUCGGCCUUUUUUCUUUUUAAAUUUGGCAGCAAGGAAGAAAGAAGAUGAAAGGAGGAAUGUCUUUUUGUUUUUUCCACUUGUUUGCACUGUGUGCUGAUUGAACAUUAGUUGCACUAACUGCUGGUUUUAAAUUUUUUUUUCUUUGGGUGGGAGGGGCAGCAAGGGAAGAAGAGAAACCCUGAAAAGAGAAGAAUCUUUGAACACGAGCUUGUCUGCGAUUUCAAAUUCUCCAACCAUCGACUGAGUGCAUUUCAACUUCUCCCUGGUUACUCAUCUGUUUUUAAGCUAAAGAGCUUGUUACUUAUUCGUGCAAAGUGCCUUAUGCUAUGAGACCAUUCAGAAUAUCACCUUUCCGACAGCCCGAGGAGUCAACAGCCGUUUUUGGUUUCAGGUCAAAGUUCCCCUCUCUUCCCCCUCUCUUCCUCUCCAAGUACUCGAGGCCAGGGCUGUGAGGUGAAACUUAUUGGUAAUACUACUUUGUCUUCAACCUUUUUUUUCCUUUUCUUUUUUUUUUAGUUGGAGGAGUUGAUAUGCAUCUGCAGUUCACCCACACUGUAAAUACCUGUAUUUAAAACAAAACCAACUUAAAAUCUGGGCUGAUUAGGUGCAGCAUCGUAGCUCCAGAAGGAAAGAGUAGCCUGUCAUCUCUUGCAGGAGCCAUAAGAAAACCCCUAUGCUCUAGCAAAACACUAAAGACUGGUUACCAUAAGUCUCCAUUAGUAGUUCCAGCACUUGAUAUGUAGACUUGUUUCAGAGCCGUGGCCCUCUUUCCUCUGGUGCAGUGUGUCCCAUAGAAAAUCAGAUGUGUAUAUUGUACAAACUUUGUAAAUAUUUUUUUUUUCCUGUUUGGGUUCAUAUAUAACUUUUUGUUCUUUUUUUUUUUUUUUUUUUUGAUGAAGGUUGCUGGGGUUAAAGGGAUUUGACUGAUUAUGGGAGCAGCUAAAGAUGAGAGGGGCUCAGUUUUCUGCAACACUAAGCGAUGAGAAAUGCUCUGAGCAGGGCAGGCCUCCAUGUGUGUCCCUGGUCAGGGUGGGUUUGCUCUGGUGUUAGCAACACUGUCUGUGCCACUUGUGUGGAAGAGAUUAUUUGCGAGGCUCUGAGGUCUCAGAAGUCUGUUGCUUAGCUUGGUUGAGACGCUCUUCAAUUUCCCCCUUAGAAACUUCAGGAACUUUGCAAGCUCUGAAGGGUGCCAUGAGCUGCGUUCUGCGUGGCACGAGGGGGAUCCAGCGGGUGUCAGCGCUGCUGAGCAGGAUAUGCAUAAGCUGUGGAUUUGGGUUUAAAAGAAACCAUAGGAAACCGAGAUGCAUAAACGGACAGUUCUGGAGCUCGAUGGGAAUGAUUGAUUUCUUGCAGCAUUGUGUAUUUUCUGCCCAACACAACCUCAAUACAGACUUUUGGUGAGCAGGGAAGGGCAAAGCCCUGUAAGUGUCAGGAGCUGCAGAAAGCUGCUUGCCAUCUGCUCUGUUUAGGCACGAAUUGCUGUCUGUCACUGCGUUGUAUAUUGCUGGAACACGCUUUCUGGUCAAACGGUGUUGCUUUAAAUUGUGCCCCUCCCAACAUGCUUGAUGUUUGGCCUGAUCUCCAGGCAAAAGGAGUGAGACAAAUCAAACUGUAAACUUUUAAAAUUCCCUUUUAGCCUGUUCAACAACAGCGUCAGGAGGCACCUGGACGAAUGCAAUCCCUUUUGCUCAUUUAUUGUGUAUACAGAUGCUGCACUCACACUAUGCUUGCUUACUUUGAGGCAGGAAUUAAUUAAUUGUCUUAAUUUCUCCCUUUUUUUGACCUCUCCCACACUUUUUUUUUUCUUUUGUUUUGAGUAUAAUUGUUUGGAACCAAAAGGCAGACUUACCUGUCCUUUUCCUCGAGGAACACACAACCAAACCAGGUGCCUCCUGACAACAGCUUUACAAGAUGAUCGAAAGGAUGUUUUUUUAUUUUUUCUUUUUUUUUUUUGUCAGCAGUGACUCCAUAACUGUAGCAAAUGCUGCACUAGAGUACAAACUCAAGAGCUUGGUCACAGACACUCUGUGAGCCACACAGCUUACAUUUGACUGGCAGGUACUAAAUGUAAACAACUUUGGGGUGCUGGGAGGGGGGUGGGGGUGGGACUUUGUGGGUGAUAACUUUGACCAAAAGUAAAAUCUUGCUCUUGUACUGCAGCCAGCUUAUGAUUUUUCCAGAGUCAGAAGAGGGAUCAUUUUAGUGCAACAAAGACAUGAAAAAUGUAAAUAAAAGUUUUGUAUCUUGCCAGGGCACACGCUUGUAACAAGAACAGGAUAGCAGUGUUGAGUGAGGUGCGUGUGCUCUGCUUGGAUGUGGGGUAGGUGAGCCUGGUGCCAUGCUCUGAUGGUCCCUCUUGAAGCACAGAACUUUUAAAUGGAAAGUAUUACUUUAAACUUGGCCUCUUAUUGAGGAUUGGCACUUACCUGAACUAUCGGGGGCACCAUUUUUAGGUGGCUUCCAGUACUGAAGGAAGCAGCCUAUUCUUGGUGCUAAUAGGCUAUCUCAAACAGAUGCAAAUGGAAAGAUGCUCCAAAUGACUAGGGUAAGCCUAGGGUUUUUUUUCCUUUGUUUGUUUUUCUCCCCAAGAUUAAUUGUGUAUCAACCUUGGCUUCUUGAGAUUCCUUGUGACACCCUGUUCUUUUUCUAGUCACACGCCAGCCUUUACAUUUAUGCAUUACUUGGAGCCAGUCUCUUCCUUCAGCGGAGGAGCCCUUGGGCCAAAUACUUCCUCUGACAAAGAUGGCAUCAAUAAUAAUAUGAUUAAUUCUGCAUUUUUUCCUCCCAGAUGUCUAAAACUCCUUGAAUUGAGGUGAAAUGGCUACAGAGAGAUUGACACCAAUCCGCAGCCACUUUAUUCAGAUAAGCUGUAGGCUGGCCUCAGGGUGCACACUGCCAGGAGGGCAGUGCAGUUCUGUAGGGCUUUCCCUCAGUGGGGGGUGGGGGGUGGGUUGGUCUCAAAUAUGUAUUUUAAUUUCCAGAAUGAGAUGGGAGCAUCUUUCCUUUGUGCUCUGGGACUUUUUGUUGUUGUGGGUAAGAACACGGAAGCUCGAUAUGAAUUUGUUGUAUACGCGUUGGUAUCAAAUCAUCUCAUUCUGAUUUUGAUUUUGGUUUUUUUACUUGGGUUGGGGGAGGGUGUCUGCUCUAAGGAUUUAAAAAUGCUUCACAUGUUGCAGUGAUUGAAAUGAUGGGAAGGGUGAAAGCCUGGAGCAGAGGGCUGUCCUGCAAUGGCUCCCGUUCUGCAGGAUGCCACAGCACGUGGGCUGAGCUGCAUCACAGCUCCCUUAUCCUGCUGCUGUGCUUGGCAGUCCUGCUGUGAAGGUUGGGCACAGCAGGCGUUUCCAAUUGCUGUGAACUUGCAGUCUCUUUUAAUUGGAGUUGAUAAUAAAUGAGGGCUCUGGACCAAAGAGCAUGCAUCUGGCCUUCACAUGAAGGCUUUGCUGGAUCAUCCCGUGCGUUUUGCUCAGCUCACUGCUGUGUUGCUGACGUGUCUACAUGGAAGCAUUUUUAAAUUCUGCUCCAGACAAAGUGAGGGAAGGGUAAGGAGGGGUGGUGGGAGGGAUGGGUUUAUUAAGAUACAGCCUUGCUGUAUUUUAACCAAUAAUUAAAGGGAAGGGGUGGCAGGAGAAGAAAACAGUCAUUGUUCCCGUUACACAAAAAAAAUAUGGAACUUUAUUUGAAGAAAAAAUUAUUGCAGUUCAGGUGGGGUAUCGUAACCCACCGCUCCCUAGUCAAGAAGUUGAACGUUACUGUUAAUCAGUGAACAACAUGGACAAAUCAUUGCAAACGUUUGGGGGGGAGGGGAAAAUUGGCUUUUGGUUAAAUUGGUAAUUGGCAAACUCUCCAGCGGAGCUGAGAAUUGGUUGAGAAUGUAUUUCUCUCUGGAUACGUGUGUGUCACAGCACCGACUCGGGGAGAGUUUCACGAGUUCAGAGUGCAAAAAUAAGACAUGAUAAAAUCCUGAUUUUGUUGAUUUAAACUCAAUAAAAGCUCCCUGGAACACCA